AUGCGGGCUUCUUUGCUUAGCUUGCUUUUAUGGCCGGCUCUAUCUUUUGCGGUCGAGUCGAAUACUUCCUUCGUCCCGACGAACAGGACGUCAAACCACUUCAACCUGCUGGAACUUCCAGUUGGUACCUGUAACGCCCAAACACCUUGCGUCAAUGGGGCUUGUUGCAGCGGCGUCUCUGGACUCUGUGGUUACUCCCCGUCCGAGUGCGGUGUUGGUAAUUGUACCUCGAACUGCGAUGCCAAAGCCGAAUGCGGCCAGUACGGCGUUCCUGGAAAGCAGACAUGUCCCUUGGGUGUUUGUUGCUCCAAGUUUGGAUUCUGUGGUUCGACCGACGAUUUCUGCGACGUCGACGGAGGCUGCCAGAAGGACUUUGGAGGCUGCGGCCCUCCAAAACGUCCUUCGUGUAGCAAAGAUGGCACAAGUGUCAACAAGCGUUCCAUUGGUUACUAUGAAACUUGGGCCAACACAAGGCCUUGCAGCGCAGUGGCGCCGGAGCAGCUCAACCUCCAGGGCCUAACACACAUCAACUUUGCGUUCAUGUUUUUUGAGCCGGACACUUUUGAACUCACACCAAUGGACAGGAAUGCUGGUUCACUGAUUAGCCGCUUCACGAAGCUCAAAGAGAGGAAGCCCGGACUAGAAACUUGGGUUAGUGUUGGCGGAUGGUCUUUCAAUGAUCCUGGGAAGUAUCAGCAAGCCUUUAGUAUCAUGUCGAGUACUGCUGCCAACCGCAAAAAGUUUAUUGACAACUUGAUCAAGUUCAUGGAAACUUACGGGUUCGAUGGUAUGGAUAUGGACUGGGAAUACCCAACCGCAGAUGACCGUGGCGGUAAGCCCGAAGACAAAGCAAACUUUGUUCUUCUCUCCCGGGACAUAUACAACGCCUUUGAAAAGAAGGGAUAUGGCUAUUCCCUCACACUACCCGCGUCAUACUGGUAUUUGCAGCAUUUCGACCUUGCAAAACUGCAGCCAUACGUCCACUGGUUCAAUCUCAUGUCAUACGAUCUACAUGGUACCUGGGAUGCAGCGUCAAAAUUUGUUGGCCCCUACGUCGCCACUCAUACGAACCUGACGGAGAUUGAUCUUGGUCUCGAUCUCCUUUGGAGAGCAGGUGUCAAGCCCGAGAAUGUCGUCCUCGGUCAGGGAUUGUACGGUCGCUCCUUCACUCUUACUGAUCCAAAAUGCAACGAACCCAAUGGCGUGUGCCAGUUCUCCGGCGGUGCCAAAGCCGGCCGCUGUUCUCGGGCAUCUGGUAUCCUAAAUCUUCAAGAAAUCUUCGACAUCAUCGACGACAAGAAACUCAAGCCGACACACGACAAAAAGGCUGGAGUGAAGUGGAUCCACUGGGAUGAUGACCAGUGGGUUUCCUACGACGAUGACGAGACACUGAUGCAGAAGCGUGAGUUUGGAGCGUCUCGCUGUCUUGGUGGCAUGAUGAUUUGGGCUCUUGAUCAGAUAGAUCAGGAUACUGCAAUUGGAGGCAGUUUAUCACCAGAAGAAAUGGAGGAAGCAGAAGCCAUGUAUCAAGAUGCAGCUGCAAAGGGUGUCUGUUACACAACUAUGUGCAACGAUAAAUGCCGCAACGGCGACUACGAAGCUGCGCAAAUGAGGGGGCAACCUGGUUUGUUGUCUACCAUGACUCGUUGUCCCAAAGAUCAGGUUCGUCGUCUUUGCUGUUCCAAAGGUGUCACUAUGGGAACCUGCAAAUGGCGAGGCUUUCGUGGCUUGGGACUAUCUUGCACAGGUGGUUGUCACGGCGAUGAGACUGAGGUUACUACCAACACCAACCAUGUCGACAAGAACGAAGACCAAACAUGUACGGGAGGCACACAGAGCUACUGCUGCUCUGGAUUCAAGCCUCCUAUUUCAAAAGAACAAGUCAGCGAAAAGAUCAAGGACGAAGCUGCUGACCUUGCUCUUGCAGCUGCCGAAACUCUUGCAAUGGAAAUAGCAGCAAAGGCCUUUUGUCGUGUUGCAAUCAUGGCUGCAACGCUACCUCUACGUAUCAUUCCGUUUGUAGGCUGGAUAGCCUCUAUCGCCCUUCAGGUUGCAAUGCCAGCAUUGGUCAAUGUCUGCGCCAAAGGAGUCGCCAAAGCCGGCAAAUCAGUCUUCAAUUUCAAGGGGAAAGACUACGAAGUCAAAGUCGACAAGCCUCUUACAAGCAAGGUCGACCGGCCGGCAUCUAGUUCACCGACCAAAGCUUCUGAUAGGCCAAAGACUUGCAGGACGAAGAGGCUGGCAGCCAGGGACUUGAGACCUCGUACUGAGUGGUUGACAAAUACAUAUGACCCGCCCGGUGUAAGAGUUACCCACAAAGUAUGCAAUGGCGCGAGAGCAAAGCAGGCCUGCUACAACUACAGCUCCAUCAUCAACCGGCGACCUGAUCUCGCGCGUCUGACCUGCCCGUCUUUCAAGCACCCUCGCCCAGCACGACCCCAAGUCGACGAAUACAACCAACAGCACAACACCCACUGGAGCAGCGGCUGGCUUCGCUCUGCAGACCUCGAAUGCCAACGCGACGAAUAUCCCGGCGCUGCAAUCUGGCAAGCCCGCGACGACAGUGUCUGGAUUCGCCUCAUUCCCCGUGCGGACAAUGCCGCAGCAGCUCAUCUCUUCGCGGGCUGCCCCGAUGCAGAAGAAGAAGAAUUCGUCAGAGAAAGAUCCAUCACCACGACCGUCCUAGCCUGCGGCAGCACCCGCGACGUCUGGCAAAAAACCUAUCGUAAAAUGGAAGUAGUGAUGAGCAUCAACUUUAAUAACAUGCAAAACAUGCCUCCUGAUUUUGGCAUGACAGCCAAUCUAUGCUGGCCCGAGACACUGGUAAACGACCCAGGCUUCGCCCUUUUGACAGACGACCCCUGGUACGCCCGCGGCAACAAUAGAGGCCAGUUCACGCAGUACUAUAAUCAGGCACCGUUGGCGCAGUUUACAAAUGGGAAGGUCAAUCAGCCCACCUGGGGCUGGACGAAACCGAGGGCAAACAACGUCGGUGGUGGUGGUGACAAGUUCAAGCGGUCGCCGAAUGAGCUUGUUAUCCACGAAGGGAAUUCGACGAGGAAACCGACCGAGGAGGAGUUGUUUGGCGAGUUGGGGCUGUUGAAGUGCGAGGAGAGGUAUUGUCAGAGGGAGAUGGAGGAACUGGGGUUUGCGUCGUUGCCGGUUGUGCAGGAGACGCAAGAGGCGCCGGUGGCGGUGCGGGCGGAGGCUACGCCGACGGAUGGGAGUGCGGUGGUUGAGACGAAGGCCACGCCGGUGAGAGUGCAGGAGGCGGAUGUGUCGGUUAUUACGCCUGCGCCUAGACAUCCGCAUUAUCGGUAUGAGUAA